UUCCUCGAAGAAUCCUCAAACUUAUCAUGUCUAAAUUUAUCGUAUCAGUCAGUCAGCCUCUCGUUCUAGCGAUACUCAUUUUCAUAAUUUUAACUCCAAAAGAAUUAGUUGAUGGAAGGACGAUUUCUAAUGUCGUGACCCAAGCAAUAAUCAAAACUAUUAAGGUUAAUAAAGAUGAGAUUAUCGAUUGUUACGAUAUCUACAAGCAACCUUCUCUUAACCAUCCUUCUCUUCGUAAUCAUACAAUACAGAUAAGGCCAAGUAUGUACCCAAAGAAUAUAAAGUCAGGUAAUUUCGGGACGCUUCAACUAGCACAAACUUGGCAUAAAUAUGGAAUAUGUCCACAUGAAACUAUUCCUAUACGAAGGGAUAUGAGAAAACAUUAUCGUUCAAUACCUUUGCAUAAACAUCUCCGUCCAAAAUACUCUCUUACUAAGACACCUAAUACGUUUCAACCAAAUGUAAAUACUGCUGGCCAUGAGUACGCGGUAAUUAAGGUACGCGGCAAUUUUCUAGGAGCAAACGCAAAAAUAAAUCUUUGGAAUCCGGUUGUAGAAAAACAGUAUGAGAUGAGUUUAUCUCAAAUCUGGGUUUCAGCCGGUGACAAUGAUGAUCUCAAUACUAUUGAAGUUGGAUGGCAAGUAUACCAACCCAGAUACGGUGAUUACCAGACCAGGUUCUUCGUAAUUUGGACUACCGAUGACUACAAACACGGUUGCACCAACAUCGAAUGUCCUGGUUUUGUGCACACAUCUUCAGAUAUCGCCCUUGGUUGCAAUUUUACGGAAAUGUCAAUUUUGAAUGGCGACCAAAAAGACGCCGCCUUUGGUGUACACAAAGACCAAAAUAGUGGAAAUUGGUGGGUAAGUGUACAGGGUAUUCCCGUGGGAUAUUAUCCAAGUUCUCUAUUCACCCAAUUAUCAAAAAAGGCAGUAGAUAUAGAAUUUGGUGGAGAAAUUUAUGGUGAGAGAUUUGAAGGACGACAUACUUCGACUCAAAUGGGUAGCGGUCAUUUUCCUUCCGAAGGAGGUUUUGGAAUAUCCGGUUUUUUCAAUCACGUUCAAGUGAUUAAUGAAAACAACGAAGCCGAAGACCCCGAAAAUGUUGAGACAUACGUAUCAAGUCCUAAUUGUUAUGAUUUGAAAAUUGACAAAAAACGCAUAAAUGGCUAUGGCUUCUACUAUGGAGGUCCGGGUUAUAAUGAUAAUUGUCAAGAGUAAAAACAUGAUGCACUCCGUAUGCCCAAGAAGUUACUAGAUGUGUUCGGGAAUCGGGAUAGUGGCAGAGUCCUUUUAUUAGGAUUAUUUUAACAAUGCCCAGUAUGAACCAAAUGGCGUAUGUUGAGAGAGUAUUAUACUAUUAUUCAUCUAUAUUAACAAUUAAUCAAUGAACUGUUAAGUUUGAAGUA